AUGGUUGGCGCGAUUUUCAUUGCAAUCUUUUCAGGCCUUUUUGUUGCUUGUGUAAUGCUCGCAUCGCCAUUGGGCUUGAUUAACUGGGGUCGCUCCGAGAAACAAGCAAUUGCCAAGGCCGACCAAAUGCCAGGUAUCAAGAAAACGACCAGACUCGAGGAAGAUGACCAAAUCGACGGCAUAGGACGUCAUAAGAUUGAGAUCCAAUGUUGCCUGCGUGACGAGACGAGCUGGUGA